AUGGAAUUUUCUGAUGAUAUCACCCUAGCUACGCACAAAGCAAAUUGCUUUCGAGGUCUAGUACGUGUGCAUCUUGACUGUCUACAAUUCGAACACCAGUUAUUUUUGAAUAAGCAUCGCGAAGUAUCCCCUCAAAAUGUUCGCAGACUCCAGAAGAUCUUUGAAAAGACAGGAUGCCUAAGACUUCAAGACGAGAACGUUAUUGAUGCCGUCGUAGAGAACGACCGUCUCGACGCUGCGCUACGUGCUAUUGGUCUUUCUAUUGAAGCUCUUCAGAAUAUCCGCUCACCUAAAGAUGCUCCAACUUUGAACCUCAGAGAACUAAAAUGUCUCAAUGGAUUACAUCGCAUAAGAGCAGCGGAUCAGUUCUUAGAUGAGAAUGACAAGUGGUGGGUUGUUAGACUAUUCUCAAGGGAAACUCCGACUCCCAUCCUCUGUCACAUUGUUGAGUCAUAUAAAAACGAGCAAAGGCCGUCAGACGGAGAAAUAUUCCGUAGAAUACGAUUGUAUCACCGAGAAAACAAAGUCGAAGCGGAAAGAAAAUGGUGGGCAAGGCUUGACAACUCAAAACCUAAGGAUCUACGUCAGCUUUUCAAAAGGACGGAAAUUAUAUCUAGCUUCGAUAAGCUUCUUGAGAUGCCAGGCCUUUGGGCGAAAGUACAGCUUGGUGCUCUCCAUAGACUUCUCACUUUGAAAUGCGAUGAGGAGAUGGCCUAUUAUCUUAACCACGUAUCGAAGGUUUGGACAAAGAUUUUGACUUGUAGAAACAUCACUCUACCGUUCUCUGCGGUCGAUACAGUUACUGUGGACAAUCUCGAGUCAUUGGCACCUAAGAAUUCCUCCGUUGACAAGGCAUUUGUUAUGGAUCUGUUCGAGCGAAAUAUAGUAUUCCCUUCUCUAUUGGAUAGUCAAAUUCGUCGAGAACUAGCAGAAAACAUAUGCGCUUCCGAAGGCCUCAUACCAUCGCUUUGGACAUUUUUCGAGACGCUCAAAUACAUCGAACCAAUAUGUGAGGUACUGAAGAAAUUAAUUGGCGGUAAUAUGAAGCGCACAAUACGCUCAAGCUUGAUGGGCUGCUACUUUCCCCCAGAGAAGAGAUAUAUUCAAGUUGCAAAGUUUAGAGAGGCAGAGAUUACGUCGCUGUUAAGUCAAGAGGAAGCAGCCUGGAUCUCAUAUGUGGAAUUGUGGGCCUUCUGUGGUCGCUAUUUUAACAAACUCUCUUCUUUCACACCAAAAAAAGAAAGCGGUGAAGAAAAGCCGAUAGUAGAAGGACCAAACCCAGUACUCUGGCAACAUCUAGCAGACUUCUCCAUCUCGCGUGGUUUCAAGACAAAAUCGGCCCAGAAGCUAGCGAACUCCGACCCUUAUACUGAACUAGCUCAGGAAUAUCUUCGCAAAUCAAGCCCGUUGUCCUCAUCAUCUCAUGAAAGACAGGUCCAGGAGGUCGUACGCGCUAGCAGAAUAGUAGAAGAUGACUCACAGCAGCCCCAGUUAGUAGCUUCUGGUCAUUUAGAGAAAGAAAGGCGAAAUGGUCGACCUUAUGAGAACGACUUACGCAUGGACGAGCAGAACUUAUAUCUCCCAAACAUAUACAACAGCCGAGAACCUACAGAAGCAGGUUGGACAUUGAUACGACGUGACGUUUUCAAGUCUCUUUUUGGGAACCUUACUGUAGAGGUAUGCAUCCUGGUCAGCAGUAUAUACUUGGUGUCUCUAAUAUUUACUAGCACAAUGAUGUUCAGUACCCCAUAUUUGUACAAAGUCUCGCUUCUGAUACCGAUGGAAUGGAUCUCGAAACAGAAGAUCUACAUAUAUCCAGCGAGAUACAAGGUCUGA